AUGGAGGAGGGGAAGGUGGAUGUUGACCUGAAAGACCUGCUGCACUUGGACCCCUCCAUCGCCAAUCCCUCCAACCGCUACAUCACCCUCCCCUCCAUCGCCCACCCCUCUAUCACCUACCCGUCCACCACUUACCCCUCCGUCGCCAACCGCUCCAUGCUCUUGGUCGUCUUGAUCCUGAGACGCAUGAGGAAAGAGAAGUCCCACUCGGCGCUCAUCGUCCUCUUCAUCCUCUCCAUCCCGAGACCUGUCUGGACCGUCUGA